CUUGAGAUGAAUCGUAGUCGUUUUGUGUGUUUAAUUUUUAUCGUGCAUUUCGCAUUACUGUUAGUCGUAGUCGCUAUAAUAGAGUUUAAUUUAUUGUUCAACUAACUAUAUUUUACCACGUGCUUUUUCCCGUAAACCUUUUUCAAAAUGGAUCAAGAAGACUGGGAUUCGCCUUCUGACAUACAAUAUCAACCCCAACAGCAGUACAGACCUAAUCAACAAUAUAGGAAACCAUUAACCAAUAAUCCAGAUGAUUUGCUGAUGGAUAUAGAUUCCAAGUUUGCGGGUUUGGUUAUCGGCAAAGGUGGUGUUGUAAUUAAAGGUUUGAGGAAAGAAAGUGGUGCGUUUAUUUCAGUCUUGGAUAGCGAUACCUACGGGUUGAAAACUGUGAAGAUUUCGGGAAAUCAAAAAGCUAAAGAAUAUGCUCAAAAGCUUAUAAACGAUAUCGUCGACGCGAAUGAUCCGGAAAAAAUAAGAGAAAAGUUAAAAGAAGAAUCAAACAUAAAAUUGAAUGAACCAGUUCAAUAUACUUUUAAUUGGGACGAGUUGAUGAAAGAAGAAGCAGAAAACCUUAAAAAAAGAUUAGCGGCUUUGCCACCAAUUAUUAAAGAUUUCUAUAAAGAACACCCUGAAGUGACCAUGAUGACUGAUCAGGAAGUUGAAGAUUUCAGAGUGUCUAAGAACAACAUAAUGAUAAAAUAUAUUGAUGAAAAUAAUGCAAAGCCAAUUCCUAAGCCAGUAAUGAAAUUUUCGCACGCAUUUGAAAAUUAUCCAGAAAUAUUAGAUGAAAUACAAAAACAAAACUUUGAAAUCCCGUCCCCUGUACAGUGUCAAGCAUGGCCUGUCAUCAUGAGUGGGCAUGACUUGAUAGCUAUUGCUCAAACUGGGACAGGUAAGACGUUGGCUUUUUUGCUUCCUGCUUUUAUUCAUAUCGAUUUUCAACUGACUCCUCGUAGUGAACGAAAAGGACCAUCUAUACUAGUAUUAGCUCCAACUAGAGAAUUGGUGUUACAAAUUGAAAGUGAAGUUAAAAAAUAUAGUUAUAAAGGCAUUAAAGCUAUGAGUAUUUAUGGAGGUGCGAGUUCUGGAAAGCAAAAAGAAAGUCUACGAAAUGGAGUGGAAAUUGUCAUAGCUACUCCUGGUCGACUUAAUGAUUUUGUUGGUAGUGGUGCUAUUGACUUAUCAGAUGUGACGUUUCUGAUACUUGAUGAAGCUGAUCGUAUGUUGGAUUUGGGUUUUGAACCUCAAAUACGUGUUUCAUUACUGAGGGUAAGGCCAGAUAGACAAACCAUAAUGACAAGUGCAACCUGGCCACCCGGAGUUAAACGUCUUGCUAAAAGCUAUACAACCAAUCCUAUUCAAGUCAUGGUUGGAUCAUUGGACUUGACAACAGUGAAUACUGUAAAACAAGAUAUUCUUAUAAUGGAAGAAGAAGAAAAAGAACUUUGGCUAGACGAUUUUCUGAAAAACUGUAGCGAAGAUGAUAAAAUAAUAAUAUUUGUGAACCGAAAAGUAACUGUGGAUCAGCUUUCAUCAGAUUUAUGUUUAAAAGGCUUCAUUGUUGAAUCAAUUCAUGGUGGUCGUGAACAAAGUGAUCGAGAAAUGGCUUUGGAAAGCUUACGUAAUGGUGAAGUUAAUAUUUUAAUAGCUACAGAUGUAGCUUCUCGUGGUAUUGAUAUUAAUGACAUUACUGUGGUAAUAAACUAUGAUUUUACUAAAGAUAUUGAAGAGUAUGUGCAUAGGGUAGGGAGGACAGGACGAGCUGGCAAAACUGGUUUGGCUAUUACCUUAAUGACUAGAAGGGACUGGGGUAAAGCCAAAGAGUUAGUAGAAGUGAUGGAAAAAUCUGGACAAGAUGUACCUCCAGAGUUGCAAGAUAUGGCAACAAGGUAUGAAGCUAAAAAAGAACGGGAUAGAGCUGAAGGAGGUGACAGGCCAUUUAGGGGUGGCAGAGGAGGUGGAAGAGGAUUUUCAAGAGAUGGAAGAUUUUCAGGAAAUAGAAGAAAUCAUUAUUAAGUUUUUCAAUAUUCCUCAUUAUUUAUUAUUAAAAUUUUAAAUUGUUCAAGUUCUACUUAUAAUUAUUUAUAUUUAAUAUUUAGAAUUACAUACUUUAUUUAUAGUAUAUCAUAUGAAUCCUUAACAAGUGAUGAAAUAAGAUUGUUUAAUAAUUU